AUGAUAGUCCUCCCAAAUACACCACCGACACCUAUUCAUCUACAAGACCCAAGCACCGCAUUACCGCAAAGUAUUCUAACCUUACGGUCAUCUUUGCAGGUACCAAGUCUAUCAAACUACAAUGAAUCAAUUAGAUAUGUGGUGAAUCUCGAAAAAUAUCUCGAUGCGAUUUUUGAACUACUGGAGUCAACAGAUCCUACAACUUUAUUCAUCAGUUCCAAUAUCCCGUGGUCAAAUAUCAACAAGGGAGACAUCAAGCUAAAACUAUUCAAGGUAAAGUUGGGCCAAGCCGCCAUUAACAAAUGGAGUUUGUACAAUGAGCUUUCUAUGACAUUGAUAUCUAUAUCCUUUAUAUACCACAGGGUGGCGUCGGAGUUGUCCAAUGACACCAUCGAUUUGAGUCUAGAGCCUCCAGUCAAGCCAGAGGAUUACAACGAGAAUUGGAAGCAAGUGAUGAGUUUAUACAAGAAGGCAAUGUCAAUGAUGUUGUUUAUUGAGAAGUUGGAACAGAAUGCAGCACAAUCAGAGGAGGAUGUUCUACACAUAAACAGAACGCUAUUUCCCUUCAUUGCGAAAGUGACCGACAUAUCUAUACAAAUGUCAAUUUUAUCCAAAUUCCUAUGGUUUAGUAGAUACACUUUUGAAAAGAACGAAGAAGUUGGAUCUCGAAAUAGCAUGACCUUGGCCAAAGUUGCAAUCUAUUGCAUGAAUGAGCUCGAUGUGCUUCAAGUACAGCUCAGUGAUCUCAAUAAUUCUGUGGAGAAUAGCAUAACGCAUGGUUCUGGUGUGAUAAAUCUUGAUUAUACUGACUGGGAUGCAUAUUUGAGAGUCGUGAAGAGGUAUACCAGCGCUUAUGCUGGACUCUAUCUAUCAAUGCAGAAAUACAAUGACAGCAAGUACGGUGAUGCCCUCGGACUACUCCAGUUCAGUUUAUUAUCGCUACAGAGCAAGAAGGAUUUUGCAACAUCGUCGUUUUUAAACAAAAGAAUCACUUUGAAACGUUUACGGGAAAAAGUAUCACGUCGAAAGCAGGAAAACUUACUUUCGAACUUGACCUCGGUUUCCACUUUGGAUAUUAAUAAAUCGGCAUUCAAUGGCAAGGCGGGAAUAAUCUUGAAUGAUUUAUCGUAUCUAUUCGAUCAACUUAUAAAAUUGAAUUUGAAAAUUUCUCUGGAAAAUAACACUUUGCAUUUUAAUGAGGUUGCACAUUGGUCCGCAAUCAACAAUGAUUCAAAGUGGCCCAUCGGCUGCAAGAUACCGGUAUCUCUGGUCGAAGUGUACACUCCGGGAAACUCGAAAGAUAGUAUUGAUCGAGAUUAUUCCAGCCGUGGGGAGUAUUAUUGA